GUGGGUCCGACCGUUUGUGAGGGUAUUUCCGGGACCAGAGCCGGACCAGAAGAAGGGAAGCAUGAGUUGGAUUCCGUUCAAGAUCGGGCAGCCGAAGAAACAGAUUGUACCCAAGACAGUUGAGAGGGAUUUUGAACGGGAGUAUGGAAAGCUUCAACAGCUGGAGGAUCAGACAAAGAAGCUUCAGAAAGACAUGAAGAAAAGCACAGAUGCAGACCUAGCAAUGUCAAAGUCCUCUGUGAAAAUCUCAUCUGACCUACUGUCCAACCCACUCUGUGAGCAAGAUCCUCAAUUUCUUGAGAUGGUGAUGGCCCUGGACACCGCAAUGAAGAGAAUGGAUUCUUUUAACCAAGAAAAGGUGAACCAAAUCCAAAAGACAGUCAUAGAGCCUUUGAAAAAGUUUAGCAGCGUUUUUCCCAGCCUGAAUAUGGCAGUGAAGCGGCGUGAACAGACCCUACAGGAUUACAAAAGGCUGCAGUCCAAGGUGGAGAAAUACGAAGAAAAGGAGAAGACAGGGCCCAUCCUAACCAAGCUCCACCAGGCACGGGAAGAACUGAGGCCUGUGAAAGAGGACUUUGAGGCCAAGAACAAGCAGCUUCUGGAAGAGAUGCCCAAAUUCUAUAGCAGCCGCAUUGAUUACUUCAAGCCAAGUUUUGAAUCUCUCAUUCGGGCUCAGGUUGUGUACUACACGGAAAUGUACAAAAUCUUUGGUGACUUAACAGAACAGAUCGACGAGCCUGGCCUGACAGAUGAGCAGAGAGAGAAGGAGAAUGAAGCCAAACUGAAUGAACUGAGAGCCCUUUCCAUCGUGGCAGAUGACUGAAAAUCAACAAUGCGCUGAAUCUGUGGAGGUCUCCUUCUGCUUUCAGAUUUCCAAAGACUUGGGUCUCUGACCCUGAAACUUUUGCAUAGAUGCUGUUUUGAUCCAGAGGAGUCAACCUACAGCAGCCUUCCAGGGACUGAAUGUUUAUUUCUAGCGUAAUAUAGCUGAAUUUCCAUCAUCUUUUUAUGCCCGUGGCUUCUAAAGGCUGCCCACCAACUCUGGACAUGGACAAGACACCACCAUCCUUUGCAAAUUACUAAUCAAUGCUACUUUCUGUCAUGAUGCACCAACCAAGGUGUGUUUGUCAACUUUUCUAAAUGAGAGAUGGUACCUCUACUGACAAGGGAGAGGGAGCGAUCUUGGUAUUUGGCCUCUGUGCCUUUUAAGGGCUACUUCCUCAUAAAGUCAAACGUACUUCUUCAUCAGAUACAAAGCUUUCUAAAAGUAAGGCCACUUUUUAUUUUAGUCAUUUUCUGUGCCUUCAAAUCAUUAACAACUUGUGGCGGCUCCAAGAAAAUGGGAUUUUUUUGUGAGCUUUAUUCGGAAGGGGAUUGCCUUUGCCUUCCUCCGAGACCAAGAGAGAGUGACUUGCCCAAGAUCCCCCAGGAACAGCCAAGGCAGAGUAAAUAUUCAAACUCUGGUCUCCAGAAUUCUAGCCUAAUGCUUAAACCACACAACUACACUGACUUAUUAUAUACUAAGAGGUGUAAUUUAAUUCUGUUGUGCUUAAUUCUUACGGGUUUAGGGGGUGGCUAUCAUGGAGGAAUAAAAGGCAACAUUCUUCCUCCCCAGAGUCAAACACAACUAGACUUACUGUCAGGAGAAAAUCUUUACCUUUUCAUACAUACAUACAUAAUACAAAGGAUAAGGAACAGCAAGGGAGCCAGUUGUCCUGGCCAGCCCCCAGAAAGCUUCCUGUGCCUGAUGCUGCCUCUCCAAUCCUCCACCGUCCUGUGACACCACCAUCCUGCUAGCCCAGCACACACUGCUCUCUCCAGUGUUUUCUUUGUUAAGGUAGAUGAUGUAGCCCAAGGCUGCAGCAGCUCAGAGCAUGGUUGCCCCUUUUCUGUGUGUGUGAGGGCAGCUUGCUGCCUUCAGAAGUGGAGGCAACAAUGGUGAGGGGACAAUGAGAUGGGAAGAAGCAGCCCUGUGUGCUGGUGCUCUGUGGGCUGCAUGAUGUGCCGGUCUAUUCUAAACCAAGGUAGACAAUUUGUGUUUAACUACUUGAAAAUGAUGGAAGUCUAUUUUCCUGUAUCACCUUAUCUUCUACUGGGGAAAGGAGAUUGUGCUAGUGGGAAAAGUACAAAUGUGUAAUAUUUCUUAAGGAAGGCUUCUCUAGAAGACAAGUUUUCCUACCUGUUGUAAUCCUUGCAAUCGUCGCUUAAAAUUAAUCAAGACUUUAACGAAGCAGGUAAAUCCAACUCUUGUUUCCUGUAAGUUUUCUUGUAACCUACCAUUCCAUGAUAAAAAAAAAAUCUAAAACAAAA